AUGUAAUUUAGUCAUGAAUCCACCAGAUAGAGCCACUAUACACUUCUUUCGUCUAGCCGACUACAUGAAAACUGCUGCUGUUCUCAUGCUAUUGCCAUCCUUGGCAAAUGGUCAAGAUUAUGAAGUUUCAAAUAUUAAAUGCCACGAGAGAGCGUCAGCAAGUGGAUCAGAUAUCUUAACAGCCACCCUCAAAAAGCCUCCGGGAUUCAGAGGCCACCCUGUAUUUGCUGACAACCGACACAUCGACCCGAAGAAACACAAGUUUUGUCAGAUUUUGUCGGACAAGGAUGAUCCAAAAGAGAUGACUUAUUAUUUGAGUAUCUCAGAUUUUUCAGAAUGUCCGCUUCACGAGGAAAACGAAUUUCUUCUGGUGAGGAUUUGGUUUCCACAAGUUCCUGGCGUCGUUUUAAUGAAUGAUCAAGACGUCGCAAUAAAGUGUAAACCCCCAGAUCACGUGAUCACCAAGAAAAAAACAGCUGGAUUCGCUGGAAACAUUCCUUCCGUUGGCCGAGUGUCAGGAAUCGUAGAGAAAAACCCGGGAAAACUAGAAUACGUGCUGCAACUUUAUAAAGAAUCCACCACCAAAAGUGGAAAUUUCGAAAUCCCAAUAGAUGGCGCAGUAAAUAUAGGGACAAUGUUACAGUUGAAAGCUGUAAUAAAUACCAAAUCAG